AUGUCUCAUUUAAAUAUAAGAGCCUAUCAAUCAUCUGAGCCAAUGAAUCGCCAAUACUAUACUCUGCCAAAACUCAGAAGUGAUACCCGAAGAAAAGGAUCGGUCACUGAUAUGGAGGAGACGUCCGAAACUGAUUCAAUCGGACAAAUGUCUAUAAAUACAACCAACAGUUUAAAUGAUAAUCAUUUGUAUGGAAAGGAAAACUUUUUUAUGCGAUUAAUGAAACACUUGACUCCACCCGUUAACGGGUCCAAUACAUUGCAUCAAAAUUGGUCUCAAAAUUCAUACUAUUCUGAACCAAUUGGAUCAUCCCUUCAACGACAAGAAUCAUUUACAUCUUCAGCUUCGAGCGGAUCUUUUAAUAGAAACCAAUUCGGUGCUCAUUCGGGAAAAACUGGUUACGAAAUGCCGGCCGUUUGUGGCAUCAAAAAUCACGGCAACACGUGUUUCAUGACAGCUAUCAUACAAUGUCUUUGUAAUACAGAUCUAUUGGCCGAGUAUUUUGUGAUGAAUCACUAUAAGAUUGAUCUGUUAAGACAUAACAAACUUCACGCCAAAAAGUAUGGCACUAAAGGAGAACUAACAGAACAGUUGGCACUAUUACUCAAAUCUUUGUGGUCUUGUAUGUACUCGAGUGAGAUCUCCAGUAAAUUCAAGACACUUAUGGCUAAAUAUAGCGCUCAAUAUGAAGGCAGUGAACAACACGACGCACAGGAGUUCCUUCUUUGGCUUCUCGACAAGUGUCACGAAGACCUUAAUAUUGCUGAAGGACUUAAGGAAUACAAGAAAAUUCCCGCCGUAUCUCAUAACAUGUCCGACGAACAGUUGGCUGCGGAAACGUUAGCCAAUCACAUGCGAUGCAACAGUAGUUUUAUUCACGACUUAUUUCAGGCGCAAUUGAGAUCAUCUCUUGUAUGCCGAUCCUGUGGCAAACAAAGCAAUACAUUUGAUCCAUACCUAUGUCUAUCACUACCCGUUCCCGUUAGACUGACGCACACUCUUAUUAUUAAUUCAGUAUUUUUUGAUAGAAAGCCACGAGAAAUAAAAAUUGGUGUUACUAUUGAAUCAUUGGCCACUAUUAGAGAAUUAAGAGAUAAAAUUAGUCACUUAUUAAAAAUACCUGAAAAACAAUUAAUUCUUCUAUUAAUUGGACAAGAAUUUGGUCUCAAAGAAUUAGCAAAAGAUACUGAUAUUGUUCAGGAAGUUCUCGAAGAUAUGAAUGAAAUUUAUGCUUUGGAAACACCAAAAGUCGACCAAAACUAUACUAACCAUAACUCGAUCUCAAGCAAUGGUAGCGGACAAAAGUUAACAUUGAUUUGGUCCAAUCGGGUCGGUAUCGGAAAUCAGGGAAAAAUAUUUGGACCAUUGUUUUCUUGUCUGAUAUCUCGAGAAGCAUCCUAUAAACAAAUCCAAUUAGACAUAAUUAGUGCCAUGAGAUCUAUGCUUAAACAUGAUUUUGAUAUUAAUUCAAUCAGUAAUAGUAUUAAUUUACGACUUCGAGUUAUUGGUGGUAUACCUGGUAAAGCAUAUUUGCCUGAAGAUGUUGAUCAUCCGCUAUAUAUGUCAACAGUUGAUAAGGCACUGUAUGAAUGUGAGAAUAAGGACUAUAGAGGACCCACUCAUUUAAAAUUAAUGGUUGAAUGGGAUUUCGAUUUGAGACAGACAUUGCUUAUUACUGAUGACCAGAUGAACGACUCAAUAGUAGACCAUUCAAUUGAAUUGGCUAAAGCCAGGUCUCAAAAGACUAAUAGGGCUUCACUUAGUGAUUGCUUUGAUAUGCAUUUUAAAGAAGAACAGUUGUGCGCCGAUAAUGCCUGGACUUGUCCGUCAUGUAAGCGGCGGCAACAGUGUACUAAAAAGUUGAAUUUGUGGUCCGUCCCCGAUAUCUUUAUUAUUCAUUUAAAACGUUUCCGUCAAUCAUCUCAAUCACAACGAAAUAAAGUGACCACUCAUGUAGUGUUUCCUCAAAAUGGUUUGGAUAUGAGUUUAUAUCUGGAACCGCGACAACAAACAAAUGGUUGCGCGAACUCUGAUUUACCAACUCUUUGGUCACCGUGGAAGAGGUCUCGACUGAAAAGUGAUGACACAACUUAUGAUUUGUACGCCGUCUGCAAUCAUAAGGGAAAUAUGCAGAGCGGACACUAUACGUCCUAUUGUCGAAACCCAAUUGACAACUGUUGGUAUCAUUUUGAUGAUGCAAAAGUGGUGCCAAUUAGUGAGUCGUCGAUCAUAACAUCUGACGCUUAUAUACUGUUUUACCAGAAGAGUAACCUCUCGUCAUCGUUGUCGUCGUGCGCCUCGUCUUCGACCUCAGGCUAUAGCAGUUCAACCAGUUUUCAGAUUAGCGAUCAAAAUAAAGAUGUGAUUAGUAAAUGUGAUUCUAUCACUCCUAUACCUGAAGAUAUUCGACUCAUGGAUAUGAUAAACACAUCAUCAUUACAUGACUGCGACAAACUAUGUUCAGCCGCUGAUGUUUUGUUGUUGAAGUCGCACGAAAAGGAAAGGGAGGGCGACCUUAAAACUGCUGCUGUACUGACUGAUUCAGCAGCACUGAAAGCACGCUCAGCAAUGGAGGCGCCCUAUAGUAACCAUCAAACUCUAAUCACUGCCAAAAUGAAACAUUCAAUUUGUGUUAUGAGAUCCGCUACUCUUCACAAAAGAAUUAAUGAAAUUGAAACCGAAGAAAGACGACGAGUUAAGGAACAAUUAGUUGUUAUGGGUAGUCAUAGUCGACAGGGGAGUCGAGACAGUACACACAGCAAACAUAGUCGACAGGGAAGUCGAGAUAAUAAAGACACCAAAAAUAAAGAGUUGACAACAAAUCAUACUUUAGUUGACACUAACAAUCAUUCGAGAAUUUGUGAUAAUUCAAUGUCUGCCGGAAAGACAUUGGAAUUGUAUGCAACUCUUCCCAAAAAGGGAUCUAAAAAGAAACUCUUUUCCAAAGUAUUGCAAAUGAAUAAUGAAAAUCUAUUGAAACACUCAUCGCGUGAAUCAGAUUAUAGUGACUAUUAUAGUGAGUGGGAGGGAACAAGAAAAGCACAGUCGGUCCACAAAAGUAUUUCUGGAUCUGUGAGCUGUAGAGAAAAUGAUACUGAGAUUUACGGUGAAGUUGAUGUGCCUGCCGUUCCCAAGAAACAGCAUAGAGUUAAGAGAAAGUUAUUAAUGGGUGGGUUCAUGAAACGCAAAAAUAGAUCUCUUCCAGACCUUAGAGAGGACAUCAUCAAAAAUGGUACCAAUAAUUAUGCCAAUGAUGCCAUUAAUGAUACAUCAUCUGAGUGUAAAACAAUAGCACAAAUCAGCACAAAAGGUUUCCAUCAGUCACAUCGGCCAGAAAGAGGGCUUUAUCAGAGACCAGCACUUCUUAAAGUGAGUCCACCUUUCAUUGAAAAAACAUACGAUACAAUUGAUAGCAUUUAUAAUACAAGUGUGAUAUCUAAUGUGAGAAAUCAAGAAAUUAUACAAAAUAAUAAUCAAUUUUAUAAAAGUAAUCAAUUACCCCGUCCUCCCACUCCACCUAAAACUAAAGCAAUCAAUACUACCUUUCCUUUACCUGAACAACCAUCUAAUACAAGUGAGACGAUUAGCAAUGAAAAAAGUUUUUUAAAAGAAUUGACUUCAAAAAGAGCUGAAAUAAUGAAGUCUAACCUUAAAAAUAGUGAUUGUAUUGACGGAGCAUUCAUUGAUAGACCAAAAGAACUGAUAAAUCACAUGAGUUUACAAAAUUCAAAUUUCGGACCAAAUGUUAAGUCUGUGAUUAAUAAUUCAAUAGUCAAUCAUAAUAUGAAUUCAUUAAAUCAUAAUAAUUAUGAGUCAAACAAUUUAAUUGCUGCGACUCCUCCUCAUUCUCAACCAAUUAAUAAAGAGAUGCCAAUCAGUAUUACUAAAAGUGUUUCCUCCAAAACAAUCAUUAAUAACGAAACAAACGAACCAACGGUCGACAACAAUCCGGGACUCACUUCUGUAAAAGAUUUAACCUCAAAGUUUGAGAAAAUAAUGGUUACCAAAGAAAUGCUUAUUUCCACUGAAAAUCCUAUUGAAUGCAUCAAAACUAAUGAAUCGCUCAGAAAGGAUAGGAUAGAGUCUAUCCCACCCUUACCUAUACAUAACGGAACGCAUAGGAGUGUACCUAUAAAAACAAAUGACAAAAGAGAACAAUUGUCUUCAUUGAAGCCAUUGAUAGCCGGUUUAGAGAUUAACAAAUGCGACAAUUAUGACAAUUAUCCCGAUGUGAGUCCACUAACGAUCCAAAGUCCAAUUAAUACUCCAAAUUCAGUUAAUAACAGCUUAUCGACUGCCUUUCGGCCCAAUAAACCACCUGAUUAUCAAACAGCUAUGAAAAGGAUAGGUAUGUUAAGACAAGAGAAGCCAGGCCUUAGUAUUGCACAACAACAACAAAGACCUUUUUAUAUGAACGCCAGCGGAAAUAUAGUUCAAGUUAAUUGUGGGCAACAAUUGAGAGCUAUUCCCCAGCAUAUACUGCCAAUACAUACAACAACACCACCGACUCUACAAUCACCUCAGUCUCAGUCACUGCCCAUUCAGUCACAAUUGAAUGACUCGAAAGCUUUGAUUUCAGAACAACAAAAGCAACAGACAGUGAAUACAAUGACUAAUACAAUGUCUAAGACAAUGAAUAACACAACCGAUGAUCUUAAUUGUCAUAACAAUAAGCAAAUGACAAGAAAAAAGAGUGCAUUUAAGAAAAGUGUAUCGUUUUCAGAUCAGGUAGUAUUAGUUGCCUGCGCUGAUGAAGACCAGGAAGAAUAUCUUCCUAACCCUAUACUGGACAACAUAUUAGCCAAACAUAAUAUAUCAUUUGCUCCGCAAAGUCCAUAG